CGUUUGUGAUUGUCAGGACAUGAUUUUGUUAAGUACAUGGACUUCUACAUUGUUUCCACAAAAUCGUGCAUAUAAAUCAUAGCAACAGUGUGGAAAAAGCAAAAAAAUAUCACUUGAUUUAUAUUAUAUCUUUUGCCUAUUCGGUUACAAAUGUUUAAACUUUGUUUCUAUUUCUAUGUCACUAAUUUUUUACUAAUUAUCGAAUAAGAAAUUGGACGAUAAUUUUCGUGUACUUUCGAACCUGUGAAAUUGGUAAUAUGUAGUGUAUUUUACUGAUUUAUACUGCCAGGAAAAUAAAUUAAAGUAGUGAAGCUUUACAAGCGGAAACAAAAUAUUCGGUUUAGUAAUACACAAAAAUGCAAAAUAAUCAGCUUAUAAUUACAAAUUUAUAAAAAAGGAAAAUUCAUCAAUAAAUUGGCGAUACCUUGUAAUAACUUGGAUUUGGACGAUAUAAUCUUCGGCUAUGAAUACUUCAGAGGUUUCGGCGUUAGACAUGUCUGUUAAGUGUCAAGGGCCUCUAAAACUAUAUUAUUACCAGUUACCUGAGGCCAUUUCAGACAAUAGUAACUCCACGGGUUCUAACUGUGACAAUGUAAAGCGUUAUAGUAGGUCAAAACUAUAUGAUCUUCGCAACGAAACACAUUCUCGCCGCCGUCCUGAAUACGUCCUAAGAGCUGAAUUACAAUCGCUUGGUGUGUGGAAGUUUAAUACGAGUGGCAAUGUUCAACAAAAUGGUUCUGGUUCCGGUAGCGAAGGAACCGCAUCAUCUAGCAAUGCUUGUGUAGCUAAUCAUACAGCACAAUUAUCAUCUUCGAAUUUGAGUGUCCGACGAUCUCCUUCAAGGCGUGAAACUACAGGAAACAUAUCAAAUUCUUCGCAACAUAAUUUAUCUCACCAUAACCUACAUAAGACAUACAUAGACCAUCGCAGCAUUUCUUCAGCACAUCUUAUGCCUGCCUUUGCUAAAAGACGUAUUGCUGCUUCUUCUGUACCUUCUAGUAAUACCAAUAUUAUGGGUGCACAGAAUUUAUCAAGCAGUGCACAUUCAUCUUAUGGACCAAAUUCUCCAACCGAAACACGUUCGCAAACGCCUACAGAAAUUAAAGAUGGCUUAUCUUACCCUAAUAUUUUUGGUGGGAAUAGCAGUCAUGUGAGGCAACGAAACAAAGAUCAAUUGUACGAUUACCGUCAACGCGGAAGUAAUGGCGGAACGAUGACUGGAGAUGACAACAGUUUAUUCUUAUCACCUCAGAGGAAACUGUUGGAGCAAGAUCGUGAACGGGAGAGAGAGCAGGAGCUUCAGUCUAAUAGUAGGCGACUAUCAUCACCCAUUGCUCUAGGUUCAUCUAGACAUAGCCACAACAACGGUGGGAUCACUCAAGAACGAAGAAUCGGUAGUGGCCGUUUAUUACCACGUGACGUAAACUGGGAUUACCGUGCUUCACAAGAUAGAGAUAAAGGCCAAAGCUUGAUAUCUGCCCCGGUACCAGAUAAAGAGUCAUUAGCAAUAAAUCAUUUAGGCCCGCCUCGAAGUGGCGGACGGUAUUCAGAUCGAGCUCAUGAGCGGACAUCAUCUGGAAAUGGAUACUCAGAACGGCGACACUUGGAACGACGUAGUGGAGGAGGCGACGAUAAUAUCCGAGAAAAAUAUGACUACGCUGGCAAUGCUCAAACACCUAAUCCUCAUGGUGGUGGUAAUAGGCGAGAUGGGUAUGGCACGGAUUUGUCUUCAAAUCAGCAUUCUGUAUCUCAUAAUCGUAGGCGGAAUCAAAAAUAUCAUGACAGAAAUGAGGAGCCUGAAUGGUUUAGUAGCGGUCCAACAUCUCAGCACGAUACAAUUGAAUUGCGUGGAUUCGAAGAAAUGGAUGACCAAUACCAUGGAAGCACCAGUAUUGAUACUGGUAACACUAAGCGAACAACUUUGCCAAAUUCGUCGAGGAAGAUCAGUGAAAGUUCAUCGCCUCUUGAAAGCGGUGCUUCAAACUUGUCCAAUUCGAAGUCAAAAGAGCAAUUACACCCAUCGUUACAGCAAGAUAAUGAAUCCAGUAGCAGUUUAAACUUAUCUCCAACUAUUUUGACAAUCGGCAACAGUCCAACUAGUUUUGAAAACAGGGAUUCUCUGCGUGAAGAAGAGAGUAGUAAAGAAAGUGGAGAAAGCAUUAACGCUGAAAGAUCAGUAAGAAGCAGUGUAGCUAUUGAACCAACUCUACCAGAUUUUAUGAUAGAAAAUGAAGAAAAGUCUAAAAAUGCCAGCAAUUCUAGAGAUCCGGAGUUCAAUUUUGAUGUUUUCUUGAAUCCAAACCUUGAUCCGCUUAAACACUCACUAAUGCGUGGAGACAAAUCCAAUAAUGAGAACGAGCUAAUAGGCAGCUCUCGGUUCAGCCGUUGGUUCGCUAACAAAACUGGAAUCAACGAAGUGCAACCACCGUCAGGAAAUGAUAAUACAAAGAAUAUUGCUAUGGAUUUAGUUAGCAGUGAAACCAAAAAUGAAACGAAUACUUUGAUGGAAUUUCUCAACAAACUGCCAGCUUUACCGGAUUCUGUUAUAACACAAAAAGUAGUUACCGCUAUUACCAGUGUCGAGGAACUGGAAGCACGGAUGGGUGUAAUGAAUACAGCAAAUGAAAUUGUACCGGAGGCACACAAUUUAGAUAUGCCAAACAAAAAAGAUCAAGAUAGGGUACUUGAUAUAAUUCUUCCAGUUGCAAAUGAACCGGCAAACCCAGAACAACCACAAGCAGGGGAAAUUGAAGCAUUUAAAAAGCUGUUGGAACAACUAGGAUCUGGAAAUAAACAGCUACAACAGCAGCAGAAGCAGUUACAGCAGCCCUUACUACCGUCUAAUAUACAGUCGACUGUUUUGAUAUCGCCAAAAAAUAGAACUGAGCCGAUGCCACCACUUAAUAUAAUGCCACCAGGGGCUGCAUUAGCUGGUCCAAAUCUCUCGCAGCAAGUUAUCAUUAAAAAUGAUGACUUGAAAAAAGUUAUGCAUACGCAGACUUUUCAUCAGCAGCAUCAAAAUAAUGACAUCAGUAUUUUGUCUCAGGCUCAACCGAUACCAUUAUCUGUAUUGUUUGCAAAUCAUCCUCAAAAGCGUUUGGAACAAAAUCUGUUUCAUGGCCUACAACGCGGUGACGUGUCAAUACAUGUUUUGGAACACCAUCUUAAUAACCCGAGUACAUCACUACAUGUGAAAGAAGUAAUUUCUGCGGUACUCCGCGACACAUCUACUAUGGCCGCAUUAACCACCAAUAUUCCACAAACUCAGCAGAACUCUGGACCUAUUGGGCACCAGCAACAGCACUCGCCUAUUUGUAAUAACAGCGGAAACCUAAUGCUCCAUCAUGGUCCUAUUAAUGCAACGAUCGAUCCAUUGCAACAACAACAGAUAUUGCAGCAAAUUCCGAAUUCAAAUGUUAUGAUUUCUGGACAAACAGAACGGAUUUCACUUCUGCCACAUCAAUCUACAAAUCAUCAAGCUAUUCCGAGCCAACGAGAAAUUCAAUUUCAUACACACACCAUAAUGCAAAAUGCUAUGCUGAAGAAGAAAAUAGAGGAACAACAGGACUCAAUUAGACGGCGCCAGGAAAAGCAUCCACAGUCAAAUAACAUGUUGGGUUUAAGCGAAGUUGAUGCCCAACAGAAAAAUAUGCAACAAAUGCAUCUCUCCAAUAGCAUGCAACAGCAGCAGUCAACAACACAACAGCAAGCGCAUGUGCCGCAUACAAUUCAGCAACCACAACAGCAUCAAUCAUCGAGGCAUAUUAAUUCACCUACUCCGUUGGCUUUCACACCAACGUCAGUGCUGCGAAAAAUGACUGCUGAUAAAGAUAAUACGAACUCAAAUAGUACAACUCAACACCAUACUGCGACAAAUUCUCUUAUACAGCACCAAAAUAAAACUAUGGCACAAAAUAAUUUUAUCAAUUCAUCAAACAACCAGCAUCAGAUGCAACAGCCGAUAUCGACUCAUCCACGGAUGAUACUUGGUGGUAACCACUCACAGCAACAACAGCAAAUGAGUACCAAUAAUCCGGUGCCGCCACAAUCUUUAAACCAGACUUCGCAACAACAACCAGGGCAACCACUACGUAACUCAAUGGCACCAAUGAAAUGGCCGUUACAUUUAGUAAAUCAAAAUGUCACUGCUAUCAAACCGAUGGGACGGCCAAUUUUGAAAGCACCUUUACCACCACAAUCUGUCAAUCAGCAGCAACAACAAAUGCCACAGAUAUCUCCAAUGAUUUUCAAUAAAUUAGAUUUUCAACAAAUGCAACAACAGCUAUUGAAAAAUAAUCAGGCUCCACAACAUGUUUUAAACCAGUCUACAACUCCAUUUUCUCAACACGCGAUGGUGUCACAGCAACCACAGAACCACUCUAACAUAAUACCCCACGUUCAACAUCAACAACAGUUAUAUCAACAACAACGUGUGCUUGCGCUGCAAAGGCAUCAGCAACAACAACUGCAUCUACAACAACAGUUGCAUCAACAACAACAGUCUAUCGACACAUCUAAUCGAAACAUUUGUAUGCAAUCGCCACGUGCUAAUGAUAGCAACGGUGUGGCAAAUAACGCUGCAGCUGCGGUUGCUGCCGCUAGUAUAAUAAAUUAUCAACGUGAUGGUGGAUUAUCGCCCACCAGUAAUCAAUUGGCGCAGUGGUUUUCGCCUGAGUUACUUGCGCAAGCAUCGGCUGGAAAAUUGCCACUGCUCAAUAUGAAUCAAGCGUUAAGUUUAGAAGAGUUCGAGAGAAAUAUUCAACAUUCCUCAACAGCAGUGCACAAUUAAUGUCACAAUUAGCCUGGCAUGUUAUGUUUAAAAUUGUGUAUAACUUGGGAACCAUGUUAUUUUGAAUAUUUUUUAUUAGAUUGCUUGAAAGCACUAAAUACGCUGAAAGUAUCUUCUAUAUGAAUUUAGAUUUAAUUCUGAAAUUGGAGCAAGAAAAAGAAAGUUUUUAAUAACAACUGGUAGUAAAUAUCAAUUUUAGUAUAGCGUAUCCACGUUUUAUCAUAAUUAUAACCAUAUGCUUAUGAAAUAGUAUCUCAAUUAUUGUAAAUGAAUUAUAUGAAUUUGAAAACGAUUGUACUUUAUAAAGUGUAAAAAAAUAUAUAUGAACUAGAGAAGGCAAACAAUAAAAAGUAAGGAAAUCCGUA